AUGGUAGAUGAUGAUGACAUUGAUGUUCAAAAACUACAGCUCACUAAUUCAACCAAUGGCAAUACAUUCACUACUAGAAUUACUGGUCUUGAUGCUAUGUCUUGUCAUAUUUUUGGUGUACGUGCAUACACAGACAGAGGACCUGGUGGAUGGGUCUUUAUUGCUAAUGAGAUAUUGAUCAGUACUCAAUUUGUGACACUAACUACAUGUACUCAAGAAGUAAGAUCAACUAGUACAGUAUCAGGAGCUGUUGAUGGUGCUAGUAUUGGACUGGGUGCAGUGGUUGGAUUAUUAUUAAUAUCACUAGCUGUUAGUAUCAUUAUUCACAUCUACUGCUUUAUCAAGCUUAAAACUUAUGAUACAACGACUGCUAAGCAAACCAAGUUUGAUGAUGAUAUACCAAUGCAAGCCUGUGAACCAUAUGGUAUUCACAAGACUAAAGAUGUUACAAAAGAUGCAGUAUAUGAGUGUCCUGAUGUCAAUGUUAAUGAUACUGCUAUUUAUGAAGAAACAUAACUUAUGAAACAGUAAAAA